AUGUGGAGGUUCCUUAACCCUAGAGCCAAUGACCUACUCUAAUUCAUCAAUAAGUCGAAAUAUAACUUUAGCUAGUGGAAGCAUUUAAUAUAAUAACGGCGAUUUGCUGUGCCAAAAAAAGGUUACACUACUAGUACUCUAAGAUUUUAUUACUCACUCAAGCCAAAUAUGUAUGAUUUAGUACUACCUAGAUCCAAUCUAUAUGCAUAGGUCGUUGGCAUAAUACAAUCUGAAAACUAAUCAGCUGAAACUAUUCUUAUUGCCUGCAUGGUCGGUAUGGUCAUUUCACUUGCUCUAAUAGGCAUGCUGAUAUAUAUGGUUGCCACUAAAAUCAUUAGAGAAAGAUAAGCUUAAAAAUAAUAAAAGUAUUUCAAUUAACGGAAUGAUGAUGAAACCCCCAAAGAAUUUAUGGAUGAAUAACCUUCAGAUUACGAAUAAAUUAAACUUAAUGUUGAUGUUGUUUAAUAAAACUUGCCUGAAUAAUAAGCUUCAAUAAUUCCAAAAAGUUCUGUUAAAAAUGGUAAAAAAAAGGGAAAAUUUAGAGGUAAAAAGAAACAAUAACUUAAAAUUUCGUAAAUAGAUCAAAAUAUGAAUCAUGAGUAAGAGCAGUAAUUGUAAGCUGGGUAGAUAAAUUUGAAUGAUAGUAGGACCAAGUUCACAAUUGAGUAGAUCAUUUAAGAGAUCAAGCUUAAUGAUACAAUGGGUAUUAAUGAAUCAAAUCAGCAAAUAAUUGAUGAAAUAACUAAUCUACCAUCUAGCUCAGGACUAGAGGAAUAGUUAAAACAUGAUAAUAGUGAUUCUAAAGAAAUAAUCUAGCAGCAAGAUAAUUAAAAAACAAUGAAUAAUACAAUUUUUGGAAAAACAAAACGAAAGAAAAAAAAGCUCAAAACCCAAAGCAGUACUCCUUAGGUAAAGGAAAUAGUGUCUAGUUAAUGGGAUAAUCCUAAUAAAGAUAAUUUUGAAGUUGUUCCUCAGCCUAGUUUAUAUCUAGCUCAUUCAAUUACUAAUUAAAGAGAUAUGAACUGGUGA